AUGGGAGCCAUUUCACUUCCUGUUGAUCCCAUUGUGGAACAUAACUGGCCGAAAUUCAGUCUCAGGAGCAGCAGUGACAGCCCCAAAUCUUCCUCUCUCUUUGUGUCCUGGCAGCCUGGGAACUAUCAGCGCACUGCGAAGCGAACAGAAGAUGCUUUCCAGGCCUGUAAUGACAUAGUGGCGUGUUUCCAAGAGAGAGCGCGCGUGGAGAGGCAGUACGCCCAGCAGCUCAGUGAAUGGAGCAACAAGUGGAAGCCGGUGGUGGACUCUAGUCCUCUAUACGGCUCUCUUAUGAAGGCUUGGCAGUGUUUUCUGUCCUCCGCCGACAGGCUUGCCGCCCUACACGCCACCAUCUGUCGCUCCCUGGUGUCGGAGGAUGGGGACCGGGUCAGGACCUGGCAGAAGGACACCUUCCACAAGAAGUUAUUUGGGGGUUUCAAGGAGUCUCACGACAUUGAGACGGGGUUUGCACGUGCUCAGAAGCCGUGGGCCAAACGACUUAAAAAGCUGGAUAAAGCAAGAAGAGCAUACCAUAAAGUGAGCCGUAAAGAGCAGGUAGCCAGAGAGCGAGAGGCACACGCUCAGGGAAACCCGGACGUCUCCAUAGACAAACAGAAGAAGAUCCAGGAGGAGAGAGAAGUGGCUCAACAGGAGGCCGAGAAGGUCCGUGCCCGCUACGAGAAGGUCCUGGAGGAGGUGAACAACUACGCUCCUCGCUACAUGGAGGAGAUGGAGUCCGUCUUUGACCAAUCGCAGGAGGAGGAGCGCAAGAGGAUUGUAUUUCUCAAACAGGCUUUCCUCUCCAUCCACAAACACCUGGACAUUACCAACAAUGAGAGUGUGCGGGCCGUGUACAAUGAGCUCCACAACACACUGAUGGCCAUCGAUGAGCAAGAAGACCUUCGCUGGUGGAAAAACACCCACGGCCCGGGCAUGCCAACUGACUGGCCUCACUUCCAGGAAUGGACACCUGAAAAGAAAAGCAAAAAAGGGAAAAAAGAAGUGGAAAAAUCAGGAACAAUAGAGAAGAGCGUGAUGAUCGGGGGAGUGAGAGUAAGAGCUCUGUAUGAUUACGUCGGCCAGGAGACAGAUGAGCUGUCCUUUAAAGCAGGUGAAGAGUUUCUAAAGAUCGAGGAUGAGGACGACCAAGGAUGGUGUCGAGGGAAGAAGGAUGAUGGGUGGGAGGGGCUUUACCCAGCCAACUACGUGGAGGUGGUGUAGUUACCUGAAUGUGAAAGAUCUUUGUUAUAUCAAAUACCCCAUGACAGCCUGAGUAAAUAUAUAAACGUCUAAAAACACUAAAUCAGUGCUGUAAAAGUCCACAUAAAGUAGCUGUUAGCCAAAGAAGCGAGUCAGCACAAGACGAUGGAGAUUUUGACAUACAGAGAUUUUUAAAAGUGCCCAGGUUUGUAAUCUCUUGAAGGACUUUUGAUAUAUGUUUUGAUAUACACACUAUGCGUAGACCACUUGUAUUGAAGCCAUAUAAAUAAACAAUGCUUUAAUGUAAAGAAAGAAAUAACAUGCUGGAGUAUAACGGUGCACAGUUAUUUGGUGCUGGAGUCAGUGAUGUAGCCAGAACAUUUUAAAGGGGUGGCCAAGCUAAGACCAUUACAUCCAUCGUCACACGGAUUUUUAUUUUUCCUGCAUGGAAAAUCACUGCAGGUCAGAGAAUGUAUGAGUAUGUUUGUACAUAGCCCUUUAACAGGUGUCAUUAUUGGUUAUGUGGGGUGGCCACAGGGCUAGUCUACAGCAGCCAUCCCCUGCCACCCCUCGGCUUAUCCCCUGAAUAAAAUGUGUGUGGGACUGCUAUUUUCUUUAAGCUGUUUUUUAAGCCUCAUGCGAUUAAAAUGCUCACAAAGCCUCACAAUAUAUGAAGAAAGCGUUGCUAAAACUGUGAUUAUAAUUAUUCCGAAGCAGCCGUACAGUUGGAGUCAGCCUAAUAGAUGCAGAAAGCCAUGUCGACUGUAUUUCUCUCCUGUUUUUGUGGUUUAAAGGAACAGAAAGUCAUUAGGAAUCCUGUAUAACCCUCAGUUAGCCAACAGUGAAGCUGCGUUACCCACACCAGCAUCCACUCACACCCCACAAAGUCCAAUGCUGUCUUAGUUCAUACCGAGUUGACUUAAAUCAGCUUUCAUCACUAUUUUCCUAUUAAGAAUUUAUUGCUUGACUAUUUGUAUGUGAUAGAGAUUGAACCCAGUGGCAAACCCAGAAGAAAAUCCAGAGAAUAUCUUAAUAUUUCACCUCGCUGGUUUUACUCUUUCGGGCUCACAGCUUUACAGUUUUGGUUCACUCUUACUCAAGCUGAGAAAAUGCUCUUAAAAUCCACUCAAUGUGACCUUAGCAGCACCAGCUACAGCAGACAAACAGACACACUUAGCAGCUAAAUCACCAAAUAUUUCCAACAAGGCUAAAAACACAACUAAAUGUUUUUUAUAUUGCUUCAAAUUUGUUUAUCAAUUUGCAGCUGUUCAUCAUUUUGAAAUUCUUAUUGCUUGUCCUUUUCUGCCCAGCCUCUGCAUCAGUGAGGGAAAUGCUCACAGUCAGGGUUGCCAUAUACUCUUUGUGAAGGCAACACGAUCAUUACUAGUUUGUUUCCACUGACCCCAAUCAGUCAGUCCAAGUUUAACACCCUGCGCUGGAAUGACGCUGCAGUUUAAGAAACAGUUUACGGUGUAAUAUUUCUUCACCAGUACUGUACCUGCUAAACUGAACUGUUAGAGGUCAGUUAACACGUAUUACAUUAAAAACAAGCAGGUAUAUUAAACUGCAGGUUAUUAUAAACACUUAUUUUUCACUCCUUGUUACAAAAUACAAUGAAGGCUGAAAAACAGAUUUAAUAACACGCUGACAUAAACAAUAAAACUUCCUAGCUGGGCCUUGUUAGCAUACAUUGCAUUAUAUUCUUACACACUCCCUAAAUUUUGUAUUCCUACGCUUUGUUAUUCAUUAUCACUCACACAGCAU